CUAGGAACAGCCAGCUCACGGUGGAAGCAGUGGCUGCCAUGGAUGAGGAUAAGCUCCCAUCUGUACUGCCUGGGGAAGGUGGUGCUGCCUGGGACCCUGGCCUGGAGCCUGAAGAGGAGCCUGGGGUCCAGAAUGGAAUGGGAGCCAGUGAGGACCUGAAUAGUAGUGACAACAGCCCAGAACAUGAGAUAAGGGGUGCCCUGGUGGACACUGAAGAGCCCACAAAGGGCCCGGACAUGGCCCUCCAUGGCCUCAGCCUUGGCCUCUCCCUUACGAAUGGCCUAGCCCUGGGGCCAGACUCGAACACUCUGGAAGAUUCUACAGAGUCCAGGCCCUGGAGGGCUGGUGGGCUGGCAGAGGGUGACGAUGCCUCCAGGAGCCUCUGUCCAGACACUGAGGACCCUCAGGUGGGGCUGGGUGGCCCUGGAGAGCCAGAUGUGCGGGAUGGCUUCAGCACCACGUUUGAGAAGAUUGUGGAGUCGGAGCUCCUGCGGGGCACCCAGUACAGCAGCCUCGACUCCCUCGAUGUGCUGAGCCUUACGGAUGAGAGUGACAGCUGCGUCAGCUUCGAGGCCCCCCUCACACCCCUCAUCCAGCAAAGGGCCCGUGAUAGCCCAGAGCCAGGGGCUAGCUUGGGCAUUGGGGACAUGGGGCCUGAGGGGGACAUGGGAGCAGCUGGUGGUGAUGGGGAGCUGGGCAGCCCCCUGCGGUGCUCCAUCUCCAGCAGCCGCUCGGAGAACGUCCUGAGCUGCCUGUCUCUCACGGCUGUGCCCAAUGGCUUCCAUGAAGAUGGACCCCAGGGCCCAGAUGGGGAUGAGGAUGAAGAGGAGGAGGACACUGACAAGUUGCUAAACUCAGCCAGUGACCCCAGCCUAAAGGAUGGCCUGUCGGACUCCGACUCAGAGCUGAGCAGCUCAGAGGGGCUGGAGCCUGGGGGCGCAGACCCACUGACCAAUGGGUGCCAGGGGGUCAGUGAAGCUGCUCGCCGGCUGGCACGCCGCCUCUACCACCUCGAGGGCUUCCAGCGCUGCGAUGUCGCCCGGCAGCUGGGCAAGAACAAUGAGUUCAGCAGACUGGUGGCCGGGGAGUACCUCAGCUUCUUUGACUUCUCAGGCCUGACUCUGGACCGAGCGCUAAGAACCUUCCUGAAGGCCUUCCCACUGAUGGGGGAGACGCAGGAGCGCGAGCGUGUACUUACGCACUUCUCCCGCCGGUACUGCCAGUGCAACCCCGAUGACAGCACCUCGGAAGACGGGAUCCACACCCUCACCUGUGCCCUGAUGCUGCUCAACACGGACCUGCACGGACACAACAUUGGCAAGAAGAUGUCCUGCCAGCAAUUCAUUGCCAACUUGGACCAGCUGAAUGAUGGCCAAGACUUUGCCAAAGACCUGCUGAAGACCCUUUACAACUCCAUCAAGAAUGAAAAGCUGGAAUGGGCCAUAGAUGAGGAUGAGCUGAGGAAAUCACUGUCUGAGCUGGUGGAUGACAAGUUUGGGACAGGCACAAAGAAGGUGACGCGGAUCCUGGAUGGUGGCAACCCCUUCCUGGAUGUCCCACAGGCUCUGAGUGCCACCACCUAUAAGCAUGGUGUGCUGACCCGGAAGACUCACGCUGACAUGGAUGGCAAGAGGACACCCCGUGGGAGGCGUGGCUGGAAGAAAUUCUACGCGGUGCUCAAAGGGACCAUCCUGUACCUUCAGAAGGAUGAGUACAGGCCUGACAAAGCUCUGUCCGAGGGCGACUUGAAGAACGCCAUUCGCGUGCACCAUGCUCUGGCCACCAAGGCCUCCGACUACAGCAAGAAGUCCAACGUGCUUAAGCUGAAGACGGCCGACUGGAGGGUCUUCCUCUUCCAGGCACCGAGCAAGGAAGAAAUGCUGUCCUGGAUCCUUAGGAUCAAUCUGGUGGCUGCCAUCUUCUCGGCCCCGGCCUUCCCAGCUGCUGUCAGCUCCAUGAAGAAGUUCUGUCGGCCCCUGCUGCCUUCUUGUACCACUCGCCUCUGCCAGGAGGAGCAGCUUCGUUCUCAUGAGAAUAAGUUGAGGCAGGUGACUGCAGAGCUGGCUGAGCACAGGUGUCACCCUGUCGAGAAGGGCAUUAAGUCCAAGGAGGCUGAGGAGAACCGGCUGAAGGAUCACUAUCUCACGUUUGAGAAAAGCCGUUAUGAGACCUAUAUCCACCUCCUGGCUAUGAAAAUCAAAGUGGGCUCAGAUGACCUGGAGAGGAUUGAGGCCCGGCUGACCACCCUGGAAGGGGAUGACCCUUCUCUCCGCAAGACACACUCAAGCCCUGCCCUCAGCCAGGGCCACGGAACUGUGACUGGCAGCAAAGCCAUGAAGGAUACCACUGGGCCAGAUACUUAGCUGGCAUGGAUGGGCAGGCCUUGAGGCAGACAAAUGCCCCCAGAGGGGUCAGUGAGCACAAUUCCAGCCAGGGGCCACUUGGACCGGCUCCAGGCAGUUGACGGGCAGCCAGAGGGGUGCGGAGAGCCCUGUAGGCCAAGGAGAUGGAGAUGCUAUUCAUGGCAUUUGUCUUCUUGCAUCCUGGGGCUUCUCUGGGCCUCAGACCCUCUCCCCAGCCCUCACAUCCCUCUCCACCACAGAGCCUCAUUUUGUAGGCCAGCUGUGUGCAUGCUCUAGACACCAUCUCACUGGAGAAGCGGGAAGAGUGUUGACUUCCCAAACCCUCCUCUUCUCACACGUUCCUCCCCUCAUCUCCCUUGUUUCCGAGGGCAGGUCUUGACUCCAGGUCUCAGUUUGGACCCCACCCUAUCUCCUCCUCUUUCCUCUGAGUUGACCAGCAGCGGGUCUGCAGACCACCAGCACCAUCCUCUCCUCCCUCCACCCCAUAGCCUCUGGAACCACGUCCCGUUCUCCUGCCUCAUGUCGCAAUAACCCAGGACCCGGGCUUGCGCCCUCGAGGCCAAGCUGUCUCCACUCAUCUGUGUGUCCACCUCACCUUCCAUCCAUUGAAGCCACUACUGCUUCCUUUUAUAUGGACAUAAAUGUAUAUAUAUAAGAAUUAUAUAUAAAUAAGGAGCCUCUUUAAAGAUGGUUUGGAACUGAUAUCAGUUAGAGGAUGAAAUAAGAUGAAGGAAAAGCCUAUUUCAGAACUCUACCUGUUAGUGAGUAGGGCUGCUCUCUGGCCCCCUGGUGGCCCUGACACUCUGGGAGGGAAGGUGGAGAUAGUGCUGACCUCCUCGCACCCCGUUUCUUCCCUUUUCCGGCUGACCUGUGACUUACACUGCUCUUACAGUUGAUGCUUUGGAAUAAAUAGUGUGUAUGUGUGCCACCCCAUCUGUCCCACAGGCAUCCUGCGUAUGAGUGGAAUGGGACCAUGGCCCUGUUUAUAUAUCAGUCUUUAUGUUGGUGCUGCCAGGUCUCUGAGCUACAGAGGUGGCCUCUUGUACAGAUCCACUGCUACAGGAAUAAAAGACACUCUCCUUUGCAAAUAGCCAUUUGUCAACAAGCCCAGAGAUCUUUGGUGGGGGAAGGUUAUGGAAGCUAUCAAUUCUUGGUCUUGGGAAAAGGUGGAAUGACAAGUUGCUGAUUGUUUUUUAGGUUGACAUUUCUUUCACUCUUCUAGUGACUCAGAAACGCUAGCUAAGGACACGACUGGGAAGAAUAAUUUGUCGUGUGAUGAUCACAGACUAGCAUCCUUUAAACCCUGCAUUCCUCAGACCGACAAUGGUGGGAGCGACGGCACCCUCAAUGCAGCUAUGACGAGGAAAUCCUUUCUAUUUUUUAAAUAGGUUACUGUAGUUUGGCCAGCAAUUUGACCUCAGUGGUAACAUAUUUAGUUAAUAAGAUAAGCCAACCUGGCAACUAAGUACCCAACAUUUACAAGCCCACUCACAUUUGAUGCAAGGGACGUGUCAGUCGGUGGAGAGAUGUAGUGACUUAAAGCCAGAUUAUUUAAUUUGGAUCAGCUGAAGUAUAUUUUAUAACUAAACCAUCUGGCCCCUUUGUUUUGCUGAGGGGAAGUAAAUGUUCAUUUAAAUGAAGUUGAAAGAGCAAUGUGGCAACAUAAAAGAGCUCCUUGCACUUUCUCCACGCUGUCUCAAAGGUCUUUGCUUUUGGGAGUCAGCUUCCCACCCUCCACCUCCUGAGGGCGGGUGAGUGAAAUCAGAGGAGCAAGCUCCAUCCCCUGCAGACCAAUGUGCUUCCCUGAGCACUAGUUGUGCCUCCCAUCAGUAAAAAAAUUUUUA